AUGAAGUUUGACGCUCAAGAUCAUAGAUGGAUCGCGGAGUACCCAUGGAUUAAAGAUCCGUGCGAUCUUCCUGAUAAUAGACGAGAGUACAUUCAUGCUAAGGGGCAUCACGGAGUUCUUACAACUGCAAGCAAGAUCCGCACAAGGUUCUGGAUAAACAAAUUACUUAAAAUGAUCCAAUCUGUAAAGAUCAACUGUGUGAAGUGUAAGAAACUUGACAAGAAACUAUCAGGAAAAGUAAUGGGAAACCUUCCUAAAGAAAGACUCAAACCGGCAUCCCCAUGGUAUUCUACAUCAAUUGACUUAUUUGGACCCCUUACGAUCCAUGACGCAGUUAAGAAGCGUACUACAUCAAAAGCGUAUGGGGUGAUAUUUAAUUACAUUGGAACCAGAGCUGUAUAUUUGGACCUUGCACCUGACUACAGCACAGAAAGGUUUCUUAUGGUAUUACGCAGAUUCGUCUCACACAGAGUAUAUCACUCAAAGAUUUAUUCCGAGAAUGGCACGAAACUUGUCGCAGCAAGUCAGGAACCUGGGAAUGUUACGAAAUCUUUAGAUUCGGAGAAGCUUAAAAGUUUUGGAGUUAUGGAAGGUUUUGAAAGGAACUUCUAA